AUGAAUUCGGAGAAACAGUAUCAGAAGUUGGUCUCAAGGCAUGACGAAUUGAUCAAACAAGAUCUUACUCUAAGAAAAGAAUAUACUACUCUAUUACGGAAAUGUCAAUCGCUUUUCUAUUAUUUGAAUAAUGACAAAUUAUACAAUACAAGAAUUAUCGAUAAAGUUAAUCGUUCAAUAGGUUUCACUAUGCCUUCAUCGAGGUAUAGAAAAAAUAGAUCACAGCAGAAAAAGACAUCAGAUAAAUUAAGUAAAGAUGAAAAUGACGAAAAUGAUUCAAUGGCGAUUACAAAGGAUGAAAUAUCCUCUAAGGUUAGUGAACUUAAUCCACUAGAAUAUUUGAAUGCAAUUACAAAUAAAGGUGUUGUUGAUCGUAAUAAAAUGAUCACAAAUAAAAUUUUGAAAAGAAAAAUAACGGAUGGAUCAAUUAAAAAAUUACCUGAUUUAAAAUGGUAUAAUGAUCAACUUGAAUUGGUAUUUGAACAACUUGAUGAUAAUACAGAAGAAUUCGAAUUACCAGAAGAGAUUCAAAACUCCUAUGAACUGUAUAAAACUACGCCGCUUCUAUAUAACGACAUAAAGGAUGAUAUAAAAUAA